GAUAUUUGUCUGUCCUUUCCUUGUAUAUUUAGGGUUUCUCCGCCGGGUUGUCCCCCUUUCCCUUUUCUUUUUGCGUUUUUGAUAUCGCGUUGUCAACGUAAAGAUCGCUCCUUGCAACCCUCUUUUCGAAUUGGUCAUCGGAGCCCGUGAUUCGAUCGACCGAAUUAGUUGUUGGGUUUCGCUCGUAUUUUGAGAAUUAAUCGAUUCUUGGGUGCUUGAUGGAACGCGAUCUUUUUCGCCGCGGCUUCGGGGCACAUGCUUCUCCUCCCAGUUACUUUACGCGACUGGACAGACCGAGGGCACAAGACGAUCUUUUAUUGAGGAAGAGGGAUAAAAUGAGGAGGUGGCUUUGCUGCACAUGUCAAGUGGAAGAGUCUUAUCCAUCCAGGGAUGAUGAGCUCCUCAAGAGCCCAAGGCCCCAUGCUGAUGGGUUCCCCAAAGGCUCAAAGGCAUCAGUCCCUGUCAAGCCUGAGGUGCAGAAGGCACCGCCACCUAUUGAAGUACCCGCUUUGUCUUUGGAUGAAUUGAAAGAGAAAACUGAUAACUUUGGAUCAAAGGCAUUGAUUGGUGAAGGAUCUUAUGGAAGAGUAUAUUAUGCGAACUUAGAUAGCGGGAAAGCUGUGGCUGUCAAAAAGCUUGACGUUUCUUCUGAGCAAGAGUCGAACAUAGAAUUUUUGACACAGGUCUCUGUGGUUUCAAGAUUGAAGCAUGAAAAUUUUGUUGAAUUGCUUGGUUACUGUGUGGAGGGAAAUCUCCGGGUACUUGCUUAUGAGUUUGCUACCAUGGGAUCUUUGCACGACGUACUACAUGGCAGAAAGGGAGUCCAAGGUGCACAACCAGGUCCUACGCUUGACUGGAUGCAGCGAGUCAGGAUCGCUGUUGAUGCAGCACGUGGUUUGGAGUACUUGCAUGAGAAGGUUCAGCCUUCUAUAAUUCACAGAGACGUUAGAUCCAGCAAUGUUCUUCUAUUUGAAGAUUUCAAAGCGAAAAUUGCAGACUUCAACUUGUCAAAUCAGGCUCCUGAUAUGGCUGCCCGUCUUCAUUCUACUAGAGUUUUGGGAACCUUUGGCUACCAUGCUCCAGAGUAUGCAAUGACCGGGCAGUUGACCCAGAAAAGCGAUGUCUACAGCUUUGGCGUCGUACUCUUGGAGCUCUUGACAGGGAGAAAACCUGUUGAUCAUACAAUGCCCCGUGGACAGCAGAGUCUAGUUACUUGGGCCACUCCAAGAUUGAGUGAGGACAAAGUCAAACAGUGCGUUGAUCCCAAGCUGAAGGGAGAGUAUCCUCCAAAAGCAGUCGCAAAGUUGGCAGCUGUUGCUGCAUUGUGUGUGCAAUAUGAAGCUGAAUUCCGUCCAAACAUGAGUAUAGUUGUCAAGGCUCUUCAACCGCUCUUGAAAACUCCGGCUCCAGCUGCGGCUCCUGCUCCUGAGACCUAAAGCUAAACGAGUUGAAAGCUUCCUCUCACUGUUUGCCUUUUCUUGCAUCUCGUGCACAGUUUGUUUUACUCUACAGAGUCGAUGGAAAGGACUUGUAUUCUUUUAAUUUUUUGUUAUAAAGAUGAAUGUGCGUGCAUGCAGAAAUAGAAUGGACCCAUUUGUGUUAACGACCGCGAUCUGUUCGAAUGAUCAUGGAUGCUUCUUUUCCUUGA